UCAUGUCAGAGUCGUCAGAAUCAAAGAAAAAGAAAUAAAUUCGUGCCUUUGGAUUCAGGAAAAAUAAUAUUACGAAACUAGUGUAAAUUACGUUGUAAAUACAGCAAUUUAACUGUAACAUAACUUUGAAUGUAUUAUUUUGAGCUUAAGUAUGAGUGUCUAUGCAUUUUCGUUUUAAACAAACCGUAUGUUUUGUGACUCGUGUACGGCAGUGAAAAAUCGCAAGUUUAAUUAGUUUCUUUGGUCGAGACCGGGACUGGUUCGAAAAAAAAUUAGGAAGUGGUAAUGCAUGAAGUAUUUCCAGUGUUCCGGAUGCAGAAGAAAAUAAUGCAGUUUGAAUUUCGAAUAGAGAAUAAAACUUUUUUAUGCUAAGCGAUAAAAUUACAUCCGUAAGUCUAUUUUCCUUCCUGUUAUCCUUUCCUUAAUUCAGUAACAUUCCAGAAAAAAAAAGCAAAAAAUAUUUGUUUGCAAUGAAAAUUUCAUUCCAUUUUAAAUUCCCUUUCAAAAAUUCGUAGAUAAUUCAUAUUAAUAAUUAUGGUCAUUAAAAAAAAAGCACCAAAUUAUUGAUCGUGAAUGUAAAAUGAUUCUAAAAUAGUUUUUAAUAAUAUUGUAAUUAAUUUAUAUAAAAAUUAAAUAUAAAUAUCAUAUGAAUGAACAAUUAAAAUGUCUAAAUAUAGUAAUGAUUGAAAAUGCACAACGCAAUUAAUUGUAAUUAAUUAUAUGUAACUAAGUAAAUUAAAUUGAAUAUUUGAAAACUUGAUAAAUGAUUAAUUGAAUUAAAAACAAACCAAAGAAUUAAACUAAGGUUAGGUGACCAUUAAAAAAAAAAAAAAACUACACGCUACAUUAGAACUUUUCCUUCAUCGGCUUAUUUUCAUUAUGUGGUGACUGUUCUUGUCAUGAUGAGUUCCUCUCCCGUCGUUGAGCAUUCCUCCCCUUCCACCACCCCCUCGUCACCAGCUCUGAGGCCCGACAGCGGACACUUUCACUCCUCAACACCAAACUACACCGGCAGGAAGCAUCAAAAUCCACCGUUGAACGUCGUGCUCCCGUCAGCGGCGCCGACAACAACGCCCAUAUACGGCGAACCAACUUUGACUCCGCCGCCGAGGUCACCCGGUGCGGCCGCCGUGACUCCUGCCUCGGGAGAUUCGAGGGCCCAUCCACCGGACGGAACCUCCUCGGAUAAGUCCUCCGAGACCGCUGUAGGGGGCGUUUGUCGGCCGGCCAGCACGGCUCUCUCCAGGAAGGAGAGCUACAAGGCCCAGAGGCAGAACUAUCGUCGUGAAAAGAAGAGAGCCGCCUCAGCUUUGUUGCACUCCAUCGAGGAUCCAUCGGUCGUGGUCCUGGCUGAUUGGCUAAAGGUACGAGGCUCGCUCAAAUCUUGGACCAAACUAUGGUGCGUUCUGAAGCCGGGUCUGCUCUUGCUGUAUAAGAGCCCGAAGGCGAAGAGCAGUCACUGGGUGGGGACGGUGUUGCUGACUUCGUGUCAGGUGAUCGAACGGCCAAGCAAAAAGGACGGCUUCUGCUUUAAGCUCUAUCAUCCGCUGGAGCAGAGUAUCUGGGCGCCGAGGGGGCCUCAUAAUGAGACUAUAGGUGCGGUGAUCCAGCCAUUGCCGACUGCCCACCUGAUCUUCCGGGCCCCGUCCCAGGCCGCGGGACAUUGCUGGCUGGAUGGACUGGAAUUGGCAUUGAGAUGCAGCAAUGCUAUGCUAAGAUGCUCUCGCUCGCGCCCAGAGGAAACUGUCGCAUCCGAAGCCCCGGCCACCAGAACGAACAUCUCCCACGAGGAACUCGAGAAACAUUUCAACGAACAUGAAUUAGCCGGCGUCGGUUCUGACACUGACAGCGAAGGUUCGAGGGGCGGGAUGCCGGAGCCGGUCCACGAGGACCCGACCGCCAGGAAGCAGAGCGUCCUGGCCAGGAUCGAGAGGAGCUACAUCGAAGAUCCGGACAUUGAAAUCGGUGCUGCAGGAGAAUUAGUGGAGGAAGUAGCGGAAGAGAACAAAUCUCUGCUUUGGUUCCUGCUGAAACAGGUCAGGCCCGGCAUGGACCUUUCGAAGGUCGUGCUCCCGACCUUCAUCCUGGAGCCGAGGUCGUUUCUGGACAAGUUAUCCGACAAUUACUAUCACGCUGAUCUUCUAGGCCAGGCCCAAACUCUAGAAGAUCCGUAUCAGAGGUUCAAGAGCGUGCUCCGCUGGUACCUGUCAGGGCUUUACAGAAAACCGAAGGGUCUUAAAAAACCCUACAAUCCAGUUUUGGGCGAGACGUUCCGAUGCUGCUGGAAGCAUAGGCAGCCGGAAUCCUACACUUACUAUGUGGCUGAGCAGGUUUCCCAUCACCCCCCUAUUUCAGCCUUCUACAUUUCGAACAGAAAGGAGGGUUACGUGAUCGAAGGAAGCCUUCUGGCGCGUUCCAAGUUCUAUGGUAAUUCAACGUCGGCCAUAUUGGAGGGGUGCGCCAGGAUCCACUUGCUGAACUGGGGCGAGACCUAUGUGACGACAGCACCGUAUGCCCAUUGCAAGGGUAUCGUUAUAGGAACGCUUAGUAUGGAGUUGGGAGGAAAGGUCCACAUCAUGUGCACCGACACAGGGUACCAAGCUGACGUCGAGUUCAAAUUGAGGUCCUUUUUGGGUGGCUCCGAUCAAACGAACGCCAUCUCCGGACGGAUCAAGAAAGGCAAGGACACAGUGGCCACAGUCGAGGGCUAUUGGGAUGGAAAAAUAGACAUUAAAGACAAGAAAACAGGGGAAGAAUCAAAUCUGUUGGACGUCGGUUUCCUGAAAGAGCAGCGCCUGCCCAGGUACCUGGUGCGGCUGGAGAACCAGCAGGACUACGAGUCGCAGAGGCUCUGGCUGAAGGUCUCGGAGGCGAUACAGAACGAUGAUCAGAUCGCGGCCACGGAACAGAAGACCGUGAUAGAGGAAGCCCAGAGAGCCAGGGCGAGGAACCUGGUUGCUCCGUGGGUGCCGCGUUACUUCCACCGAGCAACCCAAGGCACCGUUCCCGAUGGUAUUGUUGAUCAAGGCUGGAAAUACAAUCACGUGAAUACGAGUCCGUGGCAACCUGACGAGGUGCUGGAAUACGAGGAGGACUUCGUUAUAAGGACGCUCCGCUCGGGGGGCGGAUCCCCCAGGGCGGGACCCGAGACCAGACACCGCGAGCGGGAUCUCUCGCACAGGGCCUCCGACUCUGACAGCCGAGACGAGCUCGCCAGAAGAUCUAAGACUUCUACACGAACCCUGAAACAGACGCUGUAUUCGAUCGACGCGAACCUCAGAGAGCAGAAGCUGGCCAUCAUGAGGCUCUCAAAGGCCGUAGACCUGCUAACCGAGGGUCAGAAGGCGACCAGACCCCAGAGUUUGGGUCGCGUGCCGAGCACGGGACACUCGUGGGAUCUGUUCGGCGGGUUCGUACUGGCGAUGGUGUUGCAAGCGUUGCUCAACUGGAUUUUCUACCAGAAAGACUGAGGUUUAUGGUAGGUUUCCUUUUUUGUUCUUUUUUUUUACUAUCGUUCCCCGCUUACACUUUUCAGUGGUGUUUUCGUUAAAAUAUAAAAUAUUAUUGUCUGUUUAGAACAGUUUAAUAUAUUCUUUCGUCUUUUUUUUUGUUUUAAUGCAAUAAUUUAAUGGCGCCGAGCAUAGACUAUAAACAAAAGGUAUAUUAAAAAAUUGUGUAUAUACAUUUAAAUUAAAUCCGCUUUAGUAUUGUUUUUUUUUACAUUUUUCAAAGCAUAUAUCUAAAGAAAGCGUUAAUUAAUAAUUACCCGCGUAUAUUUUAUAACCGAAAAAUGAACCAUACAAUUAGUAUGUUAAGGUCGAGAAUUACAGUUCUUCAAACGAUGCCUAACGAUAUUUAUUGACACCUACCUCAUUUUCGGUAGAAUCUUCUACACAAAAUACUCCGUGAUAAUGGCUUCAUUAAAAUUUGAAGUUCGCCUGCGCCUUACGUAAAUACAAUUGGGAGAUCUUUAGAUUGUAUUUUAAUUAUUAAAUCAGCCAUAAAAAACAUACAGACUUUUUGUUGUCACCUAAAUUUUCUACGUAGCCAGAUUAUCUGACUUUUGAGUCAUCUGACAUCUCAAAGUUUUGGCAUUUGAAAAUAUAUGAAAGAAAAAAAAAACAAUAUCGAGAGGCUAAUGACUAUUUGAUUUAAGAGAUAAUUCGUUUAAUACGCGACAUUUAUCUUUGUAAUUAAAGGUGCAUUUUAUUUGUUAUUAGUUGGAUCAACAUUUCCAUGUUUUUAAUUGAACUUCAAUUAAGUUUAUUGAAAUAGCUGAAGAAGUUUUUUUUUUCUUAUGAUAUUUUUUCCAAAUGUUUAACUUUUAAAUGGAUCUCCUGAUAAUUUGCUAAAAAUUCGCUUAAACCAAAUAGCUGCUCGCCCUUCGAUAUAAUGUUAUAGUCCGUCCGCUGUAAGGAUGUGCUCUUGAUGGAUUUAGCUUCGAGUUGACAUCGAAAUUGCCUUAUACACAAAUUUAUGUUGGUUCGUGUGUCCUAGUAUGGUUCGUUCGCAUUUUUCCGGCAGCCGGACUAUAUGUCCGGUUUUUUUUUUAUUUAUGCAAAGAGAACAUUCUCUUGGUUUUAUUAAAUUAUAAAUACAGAUUGUAUUUGAAUUGCUGCUGCUUAUUCGAAUUUUACGAGCUGUCAAUUUAAUAUAAUAUGUCAUUUGUCAUCGUGACAUCGGUACCGUAGUGUUGCAAUAAGUCGGAAAUAAAUUACAUUGAUUUAUAAAUGCCUUUCGUUUUUAUCAUUCAGCUCAUAUUAUUACAAUGUUUAAAAUCACUAAAAUCAAAAUGUUGUAUUUAAUUAAUUAUUUUUCUUUUAAAAUCGAAUCACGAUUUAACUAUUUCCGAUUCGAUAGUAAAAUUAAUAAUAAUUAAUGAAGUAAUAAAAUUAAACGUAAUCACAUAUUCUCUAGAAAUGUCUAUAGUAUUUUCUUUGUUAAAUCUUGCAAUUAACAAAAGCAAUUGAAAUAAGAUAAUAUUAUGAAUUGCAUUCGUAUAGAAACUUGUUUUAUUCACUUCAAAUAUAUACAUAUUAUAUAUCACCUACGUCAAUGCGUUCUAAUGUAAGUUUCUUUAACAAUUUUUUUUUAUGUCAUUCUAAAUUAAUUGAAUACGGUGUGAGAAUGGCUUAAUUACGGAUUCGAUUUUUAUUAAAUAUUUUCUAUGAGUUUUUUGUUACCACAUAACUGUAACAGUGAAAUAGUAAGAAAAGUUCGUCGAAAAGGUUUUUUAUAAAAAACAUUUAAGACAUAUUUAACUUUAUAAAUAAAAAUGCUUUACAAAAUAAUUAAUAUCUGAAUCAUUCAAAAUAUAUAUAUUUUUAUAACAUACAUUCAUAAAUUUUUUUAAAGAUCGGACUCGUUUUAGCGCCGUUGACGUUUGACAUAUUAUUUUGACAUUUGACAAGCUGUUAUAUGACAUGGACGUUUUUUUGUUGUUUUUUUUUUUCGUGUUACAAUGUAAUCACGGAAUAUGCUCUCCACUGUACGUAAUCGAAAAACUUUUCUCCAACAAAACAGAUCUUAGGUUUGAUUUGCAAUAGUUUAAUGUCUCACAAACGAUUUCAACGAAGCUCAGAUCAGUCGCAUUCAUGAAAACUAAUUAUUUUGAAACGAAAAUUUUGAGUAGUUGGUAAAUUGUUUUUUUUUUUAACAUAAUAAGAUGGCGGUUUUUUUUUUUAAAUAUGGUAUACGUCAAAACAUUGCCUAAGAAUAUGUAUUAAAUAGUUUAAAAUGUAAAUUAUGUUUAAUUGUCAACGCGUAUAAUGUUGUCAGGGCUGCGAAAAGUCUACUAAAAUGGAAGAUAAGAAUUUCCAAUCGUUUUUAUUCUACGUUUUGCCAUUUUGUCAAUGAGUAUUAUUGUCUAUUUUAGUUUUAAUUCGAUGAUAAGGGAAUUAUUAUAAGGGAAUAUAUAAAAAAUUGUAAGUAUGAUGAGUACGUCGUAAAUAUAAAUAUAUAAAAAAACCACAUAAAAUUCCUUUUAUACAAUAAUGUUUUAAACGUUAAUUUUAUUUUAUUUUUAAAUAAAUUCCAAGUUAAUUUAAUAAUUUUUAUGUAGAACUAUAAUUUUAAUUAUCGAAAUAUUAUUGUUUACGUAGUUGAUCGCUUAGAGUUAUUAGAAUGUUGAUAUUUUAUUGUUUAAUCCAGUGAUUGAAUAAAGUAAAUUAUUCUGAAUAUAAAA